GCCCAGUCCAGCCCGCAGCCGCUGCGGCCGUGUGUGCGGGCGGCGGCGGCGCUCUGAGCCGGCUCCUGACCGCCCUCCGCCGCUGCCAAGUUUGUCGCUUGGUCCGGGUGUCUGUGCCUGGUCCGGCCAGCCCUCGCCCGCCGCCGCUUCCCCCGCCAUGGCCCUGGUGCGGGACGCCGAGCCGGCGGCGGGGCCUUCCCGCUGGCUGCCCACGCACGUCCAGGUGACGGUGCUGCGGGCCCGCGGGCUGCGGGGCAAGAGCUCGGGCGCGGGCAGCACCAGCGACGCGUACACGGUGAUCCAGGUGGGCCGCGAGAAGUACAGCACGUCGGUGGUUGAGAAGACGCCGGGCUGCCCAGAGUGGCGCGAGGAGUGCUCCUUCGAGCUGCCGCCCGGCGCCCUGGACGGCCUGCUGCGGGCGCAGGAGGCAGAUGCGGGCCCGGCGCCCUGGGCCGCAGGCUCAGCUGCCGCCUGCGAGCUGGUGCUCACCACCAUGCACCGCUCGCUCAUCGGCGUGGACAAGUUCCUGGGCCAGGCCACCGUGGCGCUGGACGAGGUCUUCCGCGCAGGCCGCGCCCAACACACGCAGUGGUACAAGCUGCACUCCAAGGCAGGCAGGAAGGAGAAGGAGCGCGGAGAGAUCCAAGUCACCAUCCAGUUCACUCGCAACAACUUGAGUGCCAGCAUGUUCGACCUGUCCAUGAAGGACAAGCCACGGUCGCCCUUCAGCAAGAUCAAGGACAAGAUGAAAGGCAAGAAGAAGUUUGAGCUGGAAUCCGCCUCUGCCAUCCUCCCAAGCAGCGCCCUAGAGGAUCCCGAGCUGGGCAGCCUGGGCAAGAUGGGCAAAGCCAAAGGCUUCUUCCUCCGAAACAAGCUACGAAAGUCGUCCCUGACGCAGUCCAACACCUCACUGGGCUCCGACAGCACCCUGUCCUCGGCCAGCGGGAGCCUGGCCUAUCAGGGGCCCGGCGCUGAGCUCCUCACGCGCUCGCCAAGCCGCAGCAGCUGGCUGUCCACCGAAGGGGGCAGGGACUCUGCACAGUCCCCCAAGUUGCUCACCCACAAGAGGACCUACAGCGACGAGGCCAGCCAGGUGCGAGCGGCUCCUCCCCGGGCCCUCCUCGACCUCCAGGGCCACCUCGAUGCUGCCUCCCGCUCUUCACUCUGUGUCAACGGGAGCCACAUUUACAACGAGGAGCCCCAGGGCCUGGUGCGGCACCGCAGCUCCAUCUCGGGUCCAUUUCCACCCUCUAGCUCCCUGCACAGCGGCUCUUCCCGGCCCUCUGAGGAGGGGCCUCGCUCCACAGAUGACUCCUGGGGCCGAGGCAGCCACAGCAACAGCAGCUCAGAGGUGGGGCGUGGACAGGAGGAGCUGGGCGCUCAGGGCAAAGUGCUGGCCGUUGGGGCCAGGCGCCCUGGAGAGGCGGAGGGGGCCCAGCUUCUGGAGGGCAAGCCAGUCCAGGUCGCCACACCCAUGGUGGCCUCCUCUGAGGCAGUGGCAGAGAAGGAGGGAGCCCGGAAGGAGGAGCGGAAGCCCCGGAUGGGCCUCUUCCACCAUCACACCCAGGGGCUGAGUCGGAGUGAACUGGGGCGCCGAAGCUCUCUGGGAGAGAAGGGGGCACCCACCCUGGGGGCCUCCCCCCACCACUCAUCCAGCGGGGAGGAAAAGGCCAAGAGUAGCUGGUUUGGCUUGAGAGAAUCCAAGGAGCCAACUCAGAAACCCAGUCCCCACCCCGUGAAGCCCCUCAGUGCAGCCCCUGUGGAGUGCAGUGCUGACAGGAAGCAGUCCCGCUCCAGCCUGAGCACAGCCCUGAGCAGUGGGCUGGAGAAGCUCAAGACAGUCGCAUCCGGCAGCGUUCAGCCUCUGGCUCUGGCCCCCCAGGUUGGCCAGACUGUGGACACCAAGAGGCUGAAGGACUCAGCUGUGCUGGACCAGUCGGCCAAGUACUACCACCUGACCCACGACGAGCUCAUCAGCCUGCUCCUGCAGCGGGAGCGGGAGCUGAGCCAGCGCGACGAGCAUGUGCAGGAGCUGGAGAGCUACAUCGACCGGCUGCUGGUGCGGAUCAUGGAGACCUCGCCCACACUGCUGCAGAUCCCCCCCACCUCCCCCAAAUAGCCCUUUUCACUCCCACCCCCAGGAGGGUUGGCAUGGACCUGCCACCCGCCUGCCCUCCCACUGAACUCACUGUCACCUGGGCAGGGUAUAGUGUGCCCUCCUUGUCACCCCCUGCUCCCCUCUCCCUCUUGCCUCUGCUGGGGCUGCUGGAAGGGGGCCCUUUGGAUUCCCUUUGGAGGUGUCAGAUUCCAUGUACAACUUGUAUCUUUGGGAGCCCUGGGUCUUUCCCACCUGCCUGUUUUCAUACCCCUUAGCUUUGGGAAGGGGGGUGUCCAGGGAAAUGAAACAAGGCAUUUAGCCCUCCAGAUGAAGCAGGGGUGAGGUGCAGUUUGAUGUGGCAUCUGGGAUAAGGCUGGUUGCUAGCACAUACUUUAUAAUCCCCCAGGGAUGGUCAGCCAUUUCCUCCCACGGCCUAACCCUCAUCCUGUUCAUUUCCCUCCAGCCCCUGGAGGGGCUUCUAGUAUUACUGGGACAGGGACCAAGCUGCCCAUUUGUCUAUGAGUUAUGGGCAGCCAGGGCUCCUACUCUUCAGCCUCACCUGCAUUCCCCUGAGAGCAAGGAACCUGUGUGAUCUGGUCUCAGCCAUGUCCCAAGUCUGUUUCCAUCUCCAGCUGUUUGUGGAGCGGGACCGGUGUGGACAGAGGUGGAUGAUGUGUGUUCUCCAGGCUGCUCCCCCCCCCGCCCCUGUUUGACCUUUCCCUUGAGUGUCACCUGUGAAUGUGUGGAGGGUGGGGGCGGAUGGGGGAAUAGCUCCUCCAUAACCUUCACCUCUGACGCAUAGGCUUCUCCAGGUCGGGGCUUUGGGCUGCUUAUGUGUUGAGGGUCAAACCUCCAUGUCUGUUCUUGUUGCCUGUCCAGAUGCCAAAACUCUGUUGCCACAGGGUUUGAACUUUGGAAACCAAUUAAAAUGUGCCUUUUGUGGGUGGGGUCAAGAGCCUCUGGUUGUUGACCUCUCCCCCUGUGUGGCGUCCCUCUCCCACCGAUUGAGCACAUAGGGGUGGCUCUAUCGGGGUCCUGGGAAUGGGAGUCGGGGGUGGGGGCAGCCCUGCUGUAUGCUCUUCCCCUCUCCUAGAGUUGAUCUCAGUUAAGGGUCUGGCCAAGCUGCUGCUGCUCCUUCAACCUUCCUGCCAUCUUCUCCUCCUCCCUUAACCCCAGUAGGAGGAUCCUAGGAUAAAACCUACUGUUAGGCAGGUGGGCAGGUAGGCCAGGGACUGCCCUGCUCACUCUCUUUCCGUCUAGCCUCAGGACUCAGCUGUGUAGACCAGUCAGCUGGUCUGGAAGUGAAAGGUCCCAUUAUGCCUUUGGGAGACACCUGUACUUAGGAAAAAGCCUUUGUUGCCUUCCCAUCCAUCCACUAAGCUGCUGUCCUAGCCUGUCCCUUCUGCCCCAUGACUUUGCCUGGCUUGGCUGCAGUGCACUUUGAAAUGAAGUGUCUGUCCUUUGGCCCAGCUCCUGAUUUGCUUGUAGAAAAUACAGCAGGCUUCCCCAAGGCAUCUGCAGGGAACCUUUGGUGGUGUGGAUUAGCAAAAGUUUGGGGUGAGGAGGUGCUGAAGGAGAACACUUUUGGCCUAGUGAGGAGGCAAGAGCUCAUCUGGGACCAACUCUUCCUCUUACGAGGGCCUGUGGGUUCACUUGGAAGGCCUCAGGAGAUGUGCAGUAUGGGUGAUGUCUGUUUUCUGCUAGGAUGGAACAGAGAAGCCCCACACAUGGAGUAAAGCCCGUAUAAAGUUACCUACCUUAAGGUCCACUCAUCAAGGUGGAGAAAAGUAUCCACAGAGACCCAGGACUUCAGGCAUGGUUUUUAGGGGUAAUUAGGUGUUUCUCUUCUGCGGUAUCUCUUCUGAGAAGGAAUCACUUCCCUACUAGGUAUUCCUCUGGGCUUUAUUCAGUCCCCUGGCCCUGAUCAGUUCAUCUUGGAUUAUGGGCACCCCAAGUACCCAGGGCAGGGAUGUCUUUGGGAGAGUUUUUGAAUUGUUGCCCAACAUUCUUGUUUGAUGUUUCUGCUCCUGGCCACAACUUGGAGGAAGGCUGCAGGUGGGGUGGGGCAGGGAGCAGGCACAGUUCUGCUUUGCUGUUUGUCCUCCUAGUUGUAACUCCUGUUUAUAAAGAGCUUAUUCUUCAUGUCUGAGCACUUUAUGAAGAAUAA